AUGGCCGUGUCCCCGUUCUGCAACUCCUGCAUGCGCCAGCCCCUCAGCCCCACGCCGCUGUUCUACCUCACCAACUGCGGCCACGUUUUCUGUGAGGUUUGCCUGCAGAAAGGCAAAAAAGAUGAAUGUUUGAUCUGUAGAAGUCCUUGUCGUACCUUAGUCCUUUCAAAAGAGAUAAGUCCUGAUAUUCAAUCACUGUUCAUGCAAGUAGAUGUAUUAUGCAAGAAAUAUUCAGCUGAACUAUCACAGGUUUCAGAAUUUCAAGAAAAAUAUCGUAAGCGUUUAUUAACACACUACAAGGAAAAGAUAGCGAAGCUGGAAGAGUCUCUCAAGAAAGUAACACAACAAAUGCAACAGAUGCAAUGUAUGAAACCUCCUGAUAAAACUACACCGCUGCCAUUUUCCAGUAUGAGCAGAAAUACAUUUUCCAUUCCUCCAAGAAAACAGAAUGUUUAUUCUUCAAAUGCUCUUCAUUCGAGUCAUCCUUCCACUUCUGAAACGAUGGAGGCAAUGGAGAUUGAUCCUGUACCUUCACCAAUGAGGAGACUGGAGACACCAACUGGUCCAACAAGAUUAUCACUAAUAACUCCACCACAGGAUGGACAUAUGGGCAGCGUAUCCUACAGACAUUCUCAGACAGCUCUAGUAACACCGAGUCAGAAUGUUGGAGCAGGGUCUACAAGAUCCACCCCUGUGAGGUUACCACUUAGUGCAUGUCCAUUAUCAUCUGGAUCCCAGAGCAGUCAAAGGGGACCAUGGGCUAAUUUUGAUUUCAGAACCCCUCAGCUGCAUCCAUUUACAUCACCUUCUCCACAGCUGCCUCUGUCAAGGCAGCCAAUCACCAUCCCUGGACUUCUGCAAAGACAAGGUCUAGGAUCAACUAAUAUAAGAGGACAUUCAACAGAGAGAUGA